AUGACUAAAACAGUCGUAGUAACGUGUGGUGCCACUGUGCCAUUUCCGAAGUUAAUUGAGGUUUUACUUGAAAUACGUACUUUGGAGAAAGUGCGCUCUCUUGGCUACGAUCGAAUAAUACUGCAAUACGGCAGAGGAUUUAAUUUGAAAUUUAAGCAGUUAUUAGCUGCUGUGAAUGGAAUCAAGUGUAAGCCUGCUGGUACUAAUGGGAGCUUGUCUGCAAAAGAGCUUGGCAACGACCAUUUUGAUGUCGGUGAUUACCGCGGUGUCGAGAUCUUGGGACUGGACUUCACGCCAAACAUUUUACAGCUGAUAUCGGCACACGCGGACGUCGUGAUUUCGCACGCUGGCACCGGGUCCAUCCUAGAUGCACUGAGAGCUUCAAAACCGCUCAUAGCCGUGGUGAACACAUCGCUGAUGGACAAUCACCAGCGCCAAAUUGCCGACAAAUUCGAAUCGCGCGGGUACCUGUGGUCUGCUGACCCGAGGGCCGAAGACGUGAUCGCGAGUUUGGAAAAGGCGCAAUACGGCGCACGAUCGACGUUACCGAAUGGCUUCAAUUCCGCAUUCGAGCAAUUGCUCGCGGAAACAGCCUACUCGUAG